AUGGAAAGCAGUUUCACCAAAUCAGCGAGUCUGCCGAUGCUGCUGCUUAAGCAGUGCAAGCCCAGAGCCCCGAUCCCGAUCAUCGACGAGAGUAUACAGGACCUCGGGCGCCCCCUGGGUCUCAGCCGCUAUGAGUUUGACAACCACAUCCAGCAUCCCUCGUCCGAAUACACCGACGACGACGACGACCACGACGACGACCACCACGACGACCAGAACGACUACAAGUACGACUACGAAAACCACGACUUCGACGAGCCGCUGUCUUACGUGUACGACCAGUACGGCUAUUUCGAAGCGGGUGAGCUGCCUCCUACGUAUCCCUGGGUCGUGGACGAGGACUACUACUACCCCGGAGGAAGGGAAGACGGCAGGAGUGAGAGGAAGGAGAUGAUGGCGGGGAAGGAGGAGACGGAGAAGGAGGAGGACAAGGUGGAAGGGGAGAGGGAGAGGCUGCACGAACACGCGACCGAUGACGAAGACCUGGUCGAAGGCUCGGGCGUCGGUUCGGACGCCGGCGGCUUCGUGUUGACAUGGUCAGUUUGGUCAGGGUGCUCCACAUCCUGCGAUGGCGGCGUCCGAAUCCGUUCGCACAGGUGUGUUCCCAACCAACCGUACUUGAACGAGUGCGUCGCGUCAGGCAUCGAGACGCAAGAGCAACGGGCGUGCAACCUUCAACCAUGCCCGCCCACCCUUCCUCCUACCACCACUACGACCACUACCACUACUACCACUACAACCACCACUACUACCACCCCACCUCCUCCCUCUCCUCCACCUCCAUCUCCAGCCGUAGCCAGAGCCGAAGAACGGAUCCAGACAAUCCAUCAUGCCGGCGACACGACCGCGUUCGCACCCGUUCCCGCGACUUCGUCCACCACCACCAGCACCCUUACAUCACCGCCCGUACAACCACCAGUGGCCGUCCCUCAACAACCGCCCUUACUAGUCCUCCCAGCGACAACCACGCCCAAAACAAGGGUCGUAAUGCACCCAGUAUAUCCAACGACGGUCGUGGGCGGAGAUGUGGAGGGAGACAACGAACCGUACUUUAAUUCGACCCACCGAUUCGUACCGGAUAACAAACCGUAUAAGCCACUGAAGCCAGAUUACUUGCCUCAUAUCAGUAAUUCCGUUUGGCCUGCAGAGACGACGGUCGAGCGUGGUAUGAACGAGGUCCUUCCCCGAGGAGUCGAUCAAGGUUCGACCAUUAAGAGGACUUCUUGGAACCACAAAUGGAGUUAUUACCACCAGUACCACCAGCAGCAUCGCAUGAGGCACCACCAUGCGACCAAAC